AUCCGUGUUGUUCGGUCGCGUGCACAAUUUGGCUGUUUUUUUUCUCCGUGGCGCCGCGAUUUACGUUGAAAUUUGCGUCUGGUUCCCUCAUUCACAAGCAAAGAGUUCUGUACGUUGUGGAUUUGUUGUCUUCAGAUCAGCCAUGAUCAAUAAGUUGUCAUACGCUGGGCGAUAACAGUCCUCGAAGACAAUUCACUUUCUUGGAGCCAUGCGGAAAGGAACCCAAUUAGUAAAGAGGAAACACAGUCCACAGAAGGAUGCUAAUGACAGCAGCAGUGGUAAUGAAGAGGACGAAUCAAAGAGUUCCUGUUCUUGGCUCAAUAAAAAAGAUACCCAACCAGGAAAAAAGCUGAAAGAGAGGACCAGCCCCCCUACUUCAGAAAAUGAUGAAAAGAUUAUUGUAGAUGAAAGUUCUGAGAGCGACUGCAACUCAGUAAAAAAUAAACAGGAUACAAAGCUGGACGUCAAAUCUUCUUGCUCAAAGGAACAGGAGGAGCAAGAUGACAACAUUUCAAAAACAGAAAAGACAGAUAAACAACUUGUGACCUCAAUUGAGAAUAAGAUGAACAUCUCAAAUACUUCCAAGAAAGGCAAACCCCAAAAGAGCAUGUACCUGUUUGACUUCUUAGGAGAUGAAGUCAGUAAUGAUGAAUCACAAGCCCUCCAAGCACUCAAUUCAUUUUGGGUCACCAAAGUCGCCAAGAACAAAGAUAUUUUGCAGCGACCACCACCGAAAAGCCAAGAGGAACAGGACUUCUACAACAAGUACUGCGACAAACAGGGCAAGCUUUCCAUCACAGCUGCCACUCAUCUUAUGAGCCUUCCUCAUGUGAUCACUGUGUGCUUGAAGACCACUGCUCAGAUUGAGGUGGUUGUAUCUAAUCGAGAGAAAGCUCUGGCAGAGUCUGAAGAGCUUCGUCAAAACUGCUUUGAAGUAGUUGAGGCUAUGGCGAUGCACUUGAUGUAAGACCUCACAAAAAAGUGGGACAAAAGUCAAAGGAGAAGAUGACAAAAUGUACUUCUAAGUAUAGUACAAUAGUAUUAAUAGUAAAGUAGUUUAGACUAUAGCUGCUAUUUAGCUUGUAUUGGAGCUGAGCAAGCAUUAUUUUUUUAGAGAUGCACGGUCGGAAAUAAUAGAACAUGUAUGUCCCGGAUGUUGUGUUGCCAGCGCAAGCACAUCAUUCCCCUUGUCAGAUGUAUAUAUUUUCGCUUUUCAGAUGACAUUUCUUUGUUUUGUAAGAAAAUAAUGUACUUUUGAGGACUAGAAAAACUGCUGAACUCACUUGCCUUCCUGUUGUGCGUCCUCUAGCAGUUUUUCUCGACCUCAAGCGUGCAUUUUUUUUCAGAGAACAUGGAACGCCAUCUACUAUUUGGUAAAUAUUAGAAUUUUAGUGCAGUAUGGUUGUAUAAUGGUUAUGAGAGUGUCUAAGUGGAUAGACUGUAGGUGAGUUCUGCUCGCCUUGUGAGCACAUGGUUUCCACUAGCGGUAACAAAUUUCCUUUGUAACUAGUGCUCACAUUGUUUUCAUUCCGUUUUAAAGGAGUUGUGUCGUGACAUUUUAAGUUUCUUUGCACAAUCCGGUCACAUGGUACAGAAUUAUUUAUGCUGGGAUGCAAGUUACACAGUGGGACUUCCAACUCGUACCAGCCCAGCCCGACUAUCCUUUGUUUUGAAAGUCCCACUGUGUAACUUGAGUCCCAGCAUAGUUAAUUCCAUACCAUGUGACCGGAUCGUGCAAAGGGCCUGUUUCUUCAAGGACUCUCAUGGCAGUUUUUUUAAGGUACCAAGGGAGUGUUGAUAAACUGAAAAAAAAAGACGGAGUAAUUUUUUUAUUUUUUUAUUUUUUUAUUUACGUUUUUUUUUGUAGUGAAGAUAUCAGUGACAUCAGUACUGUUAUUAAUGCUCCAACCAGAGAGCUAGUGCCUGGUGAAACAAAAGGUUCUUUUGUUUAACUUGUUGGACAUUUAAAAGACGAAAACAACGUUUGUAAACAAAUA